AUGGAUUUUCAAAAUCGUGCCGGCGGGAAAACGGGAACUGGUGGAGUCGCAUCGGCCGCCGAUGCUGGAGUUGAUCGAAGAGAACGAUUACGGUAGGGUUUUUUGGGCGGGGAUUCGGGAUUUUGAUCCAGAAAUCAGAAAAUUUGGAGCAUUUUGACUCUAGAACUCGAAAAAUCUGAAAAUUUGGAGUAUUUUAGCCUAGAACUCAAAAAAUCUCAAAAUUUGGAACACUUUGAGCCUGGAACUCGGAAAAAAAUCAAAUUUUGCCUGAAAAUAACCAGAAAGUUCUCAAGUUUCAGUCAAAAUUAUUGAUUUUUGCUGGAAAAAAUAGCCUAAACAUUUCUAAAAUUGAGCCUGGGCUCAUUUUUAUCCGAAAAAUUCCUCAAAAAUCAAUUUUUUCCAGCCAACUCGCUCUCGAAACCAUUGAUCUUCAAAAAGACCCCUAUUUUAUGCGAAAUCACAUUGGAACCUACGAAUGUAAACUCUGUCUAACUUUGCACAAUAAUGAAGGAUCAUAUUUGGCACAUACACAGGGUAAGAAGAUUGAAAAAUUUGCGAAUUUUUCAGCCAAAAAUUGAGAAAUUUGGUGAAAAAUGAGCAAAACAACGACACUCCACGUUUACAGCUCAAUUUUUCCAGGAAAAAAGCAUCAAUCGAAUUUGGCGCGACGUGCUGCCAAAGAAGCCUCCGAGCAGCCGUUUUUACCAGCUCCGCAGACGGCAAAAGUUGAGCACAAGAAAUUUGUGAAAAUCGGAAGGCCUGGUUAUAAGGUGAGCGAAAAACUACAAUACUCCGCGUUUACGCCGUGAAAUUUGGUGGAUGUUGAGCUAAAAAUAUAUAAUUUUCAGAGAAAUUACGAUGCUCCGCGUUUACGCCGUGAAAUAAGGAGGUUUUUCAAGAAAUUGAAUUACUUCGACCACCGUAAACGUAGAGGAUCGUAGUUUUCUUCAAUCCCAACCAUUUCUCACCGCGUAAAAGCGGAGCAUCGUAGUUUCCUACUAUUAAAAAACCUAACAAAAUUAAAUUUCAGGUCACUCGAGAACGCGAUCCAGGAACCGGCCAACACGCGCUCCUCUUCCAAAUCGAUUAUCCCGAAAUUGCAGACGGUGUAGUGCCACGUCAUAGACUUAUGUCAUCUUUCGAGCAGAAAAUCCAUCCACCAGACAAAAGAUGGCAAUAUUUGUUGUUUGCCGCUGAACCAUAUGAGACGAUUGCUUUCAAAAUUCCGUCCAGGUGAGAUUUUUGGGCCUGAACUCUAGAAAAGCCUGAAAAUGGCCACCGUUAUUUACUAUCUUUCGAGAAGAAAAAAGCCCUAAAGGGCCUAAAAUGCCAUUUUUCCAUUAAAUAUCUAUAUGAGAAGCCCCUUUCCGGCCGCAUUUGGUCUAAAACAAGCCGUCCAAUUUUUGCAGAGAAGUCGAUCGAUCCGAAAAGUUCUGGACAAUGUGGAACAACGACACCAAGCAAUUCUUCCUGCAAGCCGCCUUCAAAAUUGAUCGGCACGAAGAUUCUCAUCAACAAAAUCAACAACAAUACUACUGA